CGGGCGGGCGGGCGCGGCGCGGCGGGGGCGGGCUCUCUCCCGGCUCCAUGGAGCGUGCGGGCUCCUCGGCCCCGGAGGGCGGCCAGCCCCGCUUCCUACUGGCCCUGCGAAGCCCAGCCGAGGCGGUGCGGGCACGUGUGCAGGAGCAGGACUUAAGGCACUGGGGCCUGACAGGGAUUUGUCUACAUUCUUACCAACUGGAGGGAGUGAACUGGCUAGCCCAGUGCUUCCACUGUCAGAAUGGCUGCAUCCUGGGAGAUGAGAUGGGCCUGGGUAAGACCUGCCAGACGAUUGCUUUUCUCAUUUACUUGGCAGGAAGAUUAAAUGAUGAAGGACCAUUUUUGAUUCUCUGUCCCUUGUCUGUUUUGAGCAACUGGAAAGAAGAGAUGGAGAGAUUUGCUCCAGGACUUUCCUGUGUAACGUAUGCUGGUGACAAGGAGGAGAGAGCCCACCUACAGCAAGACCUAAAACAAGAGUCACAUUUUCAUGUGCUGCUAACUACCUAUGAGAUUUGCUUGAAAGAUGCAGCAUUUCUAAAAUCCUUCCCUUGGAGUGUUCUUGUUGUGGAUGAAGCUCACAGGUUGAAAAACCAAAGCUCCUUGCUGCAUAAGACACUUUCAGAGUUCUCAGUAGUCUUCAGUCUCCUGUUGACUGGAACUCCCAUCCAGAACAGCCUCCAAGAGCUCUACUCCCUCCUCAGUUUUGUGGAGCCUGAUGUCUUUUCCAAGGAGCAGGUAGAAGACUUUGUUCAGCGUUACCAGGAUAUUGAGAAAGAGUCUGAAUCAGGCAAUGAACUACACAAACUCUUGCAGCCAUUUCUGCUGAGGCGAGUGAAAGCUGAGGUAGCUGCAGAGCUUCCCAAGAAGACGGAGGUAGUGAUAUACCAUGGCAUGUCAGCACUGCAGAAAAAAUACUAUAGGGCCGUCCUGAUGAAAGACCUAGAUGCAUUUGAAAAUGAAGUGGCAAAGAAAGUUAAACUUCAGAACAUCUUGUCUCAGCUUCGAAAGUGUGUGGAUCACCCAUAUUUGUUUGAUGGUGUGGAACCAGAGCCUUUUGAAAUUGGAGACCACCUGAUUGAGGCCAGUGGGAAACUUCACCUACUGGAUAAGCUGCUGGCAUUCCUGUAUUCCAGGGGCCAUCGAGUUUUGCUUUUCUCCCAAAUGACCCAGAUGUUGGACAUUCUCCAGGACUACAUGGACUACAGAGGCUACAGCUAUGAGCGUGUGGAUGGUUCUGUGAGAGGAGAAGAGAGACACUUGGCCAUUAAGCACUUUGGACAGCAGCCCAUUUUUAUUUUUCUGCUGAGUACAAGGGCAGGUGGAGUUGGCAUGAACUUAACAGCAGCAGAUACCGUUAUUUUUGUUGACAGUGAUUUUAAUCCUCAGAAUGACUUGCAAGCAGCUGCCAGGGCUCACCGAAUUGGCCAGAACAAGUCUGUUAAAGUUAUUCGGCUGAUUGGCCGAGACACUGUGGAAGAAAUAGUCUAUAGGAAAGCAGCCUCCAAACUGCAGCUCACCAGCAGGAUCACAGGAGGAGGCCGUGUUACUCUGGGAGCUCAGAAACCUGUGGGCGAUGCUGACCUCCAGUUGAGUGAGAUACUCAAAUUCGGUUUGGAUAAACUGCUUUCCUCUGAGGGGAGCACUAUAGAUGAAAUAGACCUGGAGUCUAUCCUGGGAGAAACAAAAGAUGGCCAGUGGAUCUCCGAUGCCUUGCCUACAGCAGAAGCGGGAAGCAGAGAGCAAGAGGAAGGCAAAAAUCAUAUGUACUUAUUUGAAGGUAAAGAUUAUUCUAAGGAGCCUAGUAAAGAAGACAGAGAAUCAUUUAAGCAACUGGCAAAUCUUCAGAAAACCCUUUUGGAGAGAACUGGUCAAGAGGGCCGGUUACUCCGAAAUAAAAUCAGUGUUCUCAUCCCUGGUAUGGUUGGAGGGCCUACCAAAAGGAAGCGGAUUUUGAGCCCAGAAGAGCUGGAGGAUAGAAGGAAGGAAAGAGAAGCAGCGGCAGCCAAGAGAAAGAGAGUAAUAGAGGAGAAGAAGAGAAAGAAGGAAGAAGUGGAGCAUAGGAGAAAGAUGGCCUGGUGGGAGUCCCACAAUUACCAGUCCUUCUGCCUGCCUUCUGAGGAGAGAAAACCAGACGGCCUGGAGGGGGGUGAAGAUGAGAGCUCUGCCCAACUAGAGUAUGAAGACCCGGACUUGACCUCCAUCAAGUAUGUGAGUGGCGAUGUCACCCACCCGCAGGCCGGGUCAGAGGAUGCUGUCAUCGUGCACUGCGUAGAUGACUCUGGCCGCUGGGGCAGAGGUGGUUUAUUCACAGCUCUGGACACACGAUCUUCUGAGCCAAGAAAAAUAUAUGAGCUGGCUGGGAAAAUGAAAGACUUGACUUUGGGAGGUGUCCUUUUAUUUCCUAUUGAUGAUAAAGAGUCAAGAAACAAAGGGCAAGAUUUGUUGGCCUUGAUUGUGGCUCAGCACCGUGACCGCUCUAACAUCCUGUCUGGUAUUCAGAUGGCAGCCCUAGAAGAAGGCCUGAAGAAGGUAUAUUUAGCAGCAAGGAAAAAGAAAGCAAGUGUUCAUCUUCCACGCAUUGGACAUGCCAUGAAAGGUUUUAAUUGGUAUGGUACUGAGAGACUUAUUCGGAAAUACUUGGCCACAAAAGGUAUCCCAACUUACAUAUACUACUUUACUAGAAGUAAGGCUGCCACCCUUCAUUCACAGUCACCUCCCUCCUCAGGACAGCCAGUGCCUUAACAUCAGCCCAGCAUCAGACUUGCCUUCAGCAACCAGCUAAAAAGAUAUUUGCCCAGAGCUGCUGUGUAAUAGUGUAUUUCAGGAAUCAGGAUCUGGUGGGCCUCUGACUCUGCUUUCUGCAUUCUAAUUUUGUUCUCCAGGAUGUGUUACCCUGAUUGGGUAUCUGUAAUACAGAGACGCACAACUUAAUGGGGAAAAACCUUUGGCAGCUUGCCAAGGCUCCAGCUUGCUUAGCUAUAUGCAUAAUAAUAAAUUUUCUGUGUCUAAUG